AUGGCAAGCUUUCGUUCCAGGCUCGCAGCUUUCUGUUUGGGUGCAACGGUUACUGGUGGACUUGGGUUUCUGCGCCUGCACUAUGAUAUUUUGAAGGCAAACGCGCUCGUCCGCGAGACUUUUAGUGGUAUGGAGGAGGAGAUUCACAACGUGGACCAGCGCGCUCUGCGAGUGGAGACGGAACUGGAGCGCUUGCGGGCGCAGCUUGAGCAGGUAAAAUCGCAAACCUCAUCAUCGCGUGCAGAUGCCAAAGUGUAG